GUUUUAAUUAAUUUAGAAAUGACAAACAGGCUUGGUUUUUUUUUACAAUUAUUAAAAUUCAGUUGAAAUCUCCAUUUUUCAGAUCAGUCUGACAGUUCUGCAGAAUUUACAGCAAAGUUACAAAGAGCUUUCAGGACAGGUAAUUGUUUCUGUGGCUGCAGCACCUGAUACUGACACUUUGCAAGAGGACUCACAAAGUCUUGAUGAGGAUGCAGGAGGUGCUGAAAUUUUGAACAGUGAGGAAAACCAGAAUAAAGAUGUAUCGGCUCCUUCAGAGAAUCUGCCAAAUGAACAAGGGAAUAUAACAGUUGUGAAGAAGAAUGAAACUAUCACCUGGAAACAUGAGGCUGUUUUACUCCUCAUUUCUUUGUAUGGGGAAAACAAAGAUAAGUUUACUUGUUCUAGUUACAAGCAGAAGGAUGUCUGGAAAAUUAUUUCUACAAAAAUGUUCGAGAAAGGCCUGAACUAUGAUGCCAACCAGUGCAACGAAAAGUUCCGAUCAUUGAAACAUAGACACAAGAAGAUCACCGACAACAAUGAGAAGAGUGGUAGAGGAAGAAGUACAUGGCAGUACUAUGAUGCAAUGGAAGAACUUCUGGCUGGGGAUCCAGCAGUGAGACCAAUUAAAGUUGUUGCAUCUAGUACUGCCACACCUGCUGCAGAGUCCACAUCAACAGGUUCUUCCGCUACAUUGACACAGAAGCCUCCACUGCCGCCAAACAUACUUCGAACAAAAACGCAAUCACCAGUUAGAAGCCUAUCACCUGUAGAAUCUGUAGCCUCUGAUGAGCAAGUGACACCAGUCAUUAAGAGAAGACGUAAAAUGCAGAAGGUCCUGAGUGGUUUCAAGACUUUGUGUUGCAAAACGAAAGAAGACUGGAUGCGUUAGAGGCUGCAAACUCUGCCCUUAUUGAGAUAUCGAGGGAAAGAAAUGCUAUUUUGAAACAGCUGGCCGAGGCGCUGACGAAGAAAUAGUGACAUUGUUCAUAUUGUUUGGUUAAGAGCGAUUUGUAUGGUUUAUAUCUGUAAGAAUGUUCAUGUAAUUUCAAAGCUUUGCAACAUGUUUUCUUUUGUUAACUUCAAUGAUACAAGUCACUUUAAAUCAACAGCAGGUCUUGUAAACCAUUUAUUUAUAUGCAGUGUUACAUGUAUCAUGUUGUUGUUUUUUUCAAUGGAGUUACUUAUUAUUAAAUUA